UGCGCGCGCAUCCUUCCUGAGGGGGCCGCCAUUCUGUCGACGUUUUAAGUGGCCUUCGCUUGGAAGCCCCGAAGAAGAAGGAAAAGAUAAAGACAAUGCCGGCUGGCCCCGUCCAGGCCAUGGCUCCCGCCCAGGCUGCCCCUCCUGAGGCGAAGCAGCCGGAAGAUGAACCGAAGGAAGAAGCGGCGCCCACCAAACCCGUUGUUGGGAUCAUUUACCCUCCACCUGAGGUCAGGAAUAUCGUGGACAAAACGGCCAGUUUCGUCGCCAGAAACGGCCCCGAGUUCGAAGCCCGCAUCCGCCAGAACGAGAUAAACAACCCCAAGUUCAACUUCCUGAACCCCAAUGACCCGUACCAUGCCUACUACCGGCACAAAGUCAACGAGUUCAAAGAAGGGAAGGCACAGGAGCCCUCGGCCGCCAUCCCGAAGGUCAUGCAGGUGCAACAGAGCGCACAGCAGCAGCUGCCGCAGAAG